AUGUUCACAUCAUUAAAUGUAUUUCCUUAUCUAAGUUCCAGUCUCUCCCUCCUCCAUACUGCCAAUCACUUUCCUCACCCCCAAUCUCUCUCUCUCUCUCUCUCUCCUCAACACUGCACUCCAGUCUCUCUCUUUAUCUUCUCAACCCUUCACUCAAAUCUCUCACUUUCUUUUUCUAACCCAGAAUUCCAGUCCAUUUCUCUCUCUCCACCUAACCAUGCACUCCAGUCUCUCUUUCUCUCCACCCAACUGUGCACUCCAGUCUCUCUUUCUCUCCACCCAACCGUGCACUCCAGUCUCUCUUAUUCUCCACCCAACCGUGCACUCCAGUCUCUCUUUCUCUCCACCCAACCAUGCACUCCAGUCUCUCUUUCUCUCCACCCAACUGUGCACUCCAGUCUCUCUUUCUCUCCACCCAACCAUGCACUCCAGUCUCUCUUUCUCUCCACCCAACCAUGCACUCCAGUCUCUCUUUCUCUCCACCCAACUGUGCACUCCGCAAGUCUCUCUUUCUCUCCACCCAACCAUGCACUCAGUCUCUCUUUCUCUCCACCCAACCGUGCACUCCAGUCUCUUUUUCUCCACCCAACCAUGCACUCCAGUCUCUCUUUCUCUCCACCCAACUGUGCACUCCAGUCUCUUUUCUCCACCCAACCAUGCACUCCAGUCUCUCUUUCUCUCCACCCAACCAUGCACUCCAGUCUCUCUUUUCUCUCCACCCAACCAUGCACUCCAGUCUCUCUUUUCUUCCACCCAACUGUGCACUCCAGUCUCUCUUUCUCCCACCCAACCAUGCACUCCAGUCUCUCUUUCUCUCCACCCAACCGUGCACUCCAGUCUCUCUUUUCUCUCCACCCAACCAUGCACUCCAGUCUCUCUUUCUCUCACCCAACUGUGCACUCCAGUCUCUCUUUCUCUCCACCCAACCAUGCACUCCAGUCUCUCUUUUCUCUCUCCACCCAACUGUGCACUCCAGUCUCUCUUUCUCUCCACCCAACCCAACUGUGCACUCCAGUCUCUCUUUCUCUCCACCCAACUGUAGUCACUCUUCUUCCAGUCUCUCUUUCUCUCCACCCAACCGUGCACUCCAGUCUCUCUUUCUCUCCACCCAACCGUGCCUCCAGUCUCUUUUUCUCCACCCAACCGUGCACUCCAGUCUCUCUUUCUCUCCACCCAACUGUGCACUCCAGUCUCUCUUUCUCUCCACCCAACCGUGCACUCCAGUCUCUCUUUCUCUCCACCCAACCGUGCACUCCAGUCUCUCUUUCUCUCCACCCAACUGUGCACUCCAGUCUCUCUUUCUCUCCACCCAACUGUGCACUCCAGUUUCUCUCUCCACCCAACCGUGCACUCCAGUCUCCCUCCCUAGCCCAAACCCCUGCACUCCACUCUCUUUCCACUCCAGUCUCUCUUUCACCUCUCAACCUAACAUUCUAA